CGUGGAAGUCAUGAAUUUACUAUUUAUCGGUUGGCAACGUAAUUUCGCCUUUUUGUCAAUGGCGAUGGUUUUCACGUUGUAGGUCCAUCGGCGGUUUAUACCUUACCAUAUAAAAAUGUAUUCCAUCGGAGCUAAAAUUAUUAAACCUCACAAUGAAAAGCCUGAUGAUCUAGAAAACACUAUUUCACAGGCCCUUCUGGAGCUAGAAUUAAACAGUGAUCUUAAAGCUCAGUUGCGGGAAUUGUUCAUAGUAGGGGCCAAAGAAGUCGAUGUUGAUGGAAAGAAGGCCCUGGUAAUUUCUGUACCAGUUCCACAGUUAAAAUCCUUUCAAAAAAUUCAGGCAAGACUUGUACGAGAACUAGAAAAGAAGUUCAGUGGCAAACAUGUUGUAUUUAUUGCACGAAGAACAAUACUGCCGAAACCUACAAGAAAAAUGAAGGUGAAAAAUAAGCAAAAGAGGCCAAGAAGUCGUACUUUAACAGCAGUGCAUGAUGCAAUUCUUGAAGAUUUAGUAUUUCCAGCUGAAAUUGUAGGCAAACGAAUUAGGGUUCGUUUAGAUGGAAGUCGUCUUAUGAAAGUUCAUUUAGAUAAAACACAGCAAACGAAUAUAGAACAUAAGGUUGAUACUUUUGCUGCAGUUUAUAAAAAACUGACUGGAAAAGAGGUGACUUUUGAAUUCCCUGAGCCUUUGUUCUAAAUCAAGUUAUGUAACUUCAUAAAUAAAAAAAAAAUAGAAAAGACUGAUGGUGUUUUUUCAUGUGUGAAU